GACCGAGGCGCAGGGCGACUUUGCACAGCACGCCAGGCGCCCACGUCGAGGAGGUCCGCGUCCAGGACGGGGUGGCGUCCUGACCCGCACGCUCCGGCGCUCGGCAGCAGAUGGUCGACCCUGAGACGGCGAGGAGGACGGCGUCGGGAGUCGCACCAUGUCCGCGCGCGCCGCCGCGCCGCUCCUGGCCCUCCUCCUCGUGGCGGCCGCCGUCCAGGGCGAGGACACCGGUGCCGUUGACUUCCCCGACGAAGACAAUGAGGUCUUGGACCCGAGGAAGAUCGUCGACCUCCUCGGCGAGGAGGACUACCUGGACGUGCUGGUGGGCGGCGGCGAGGACGGAAAGUGGCUAUCACUGCCCGGGUUUGGGCUCUUCGACAACUGCAUCAACCCUCCCCCGGAGUGCCCCAACUCCAACAUAACGUUCUGGCUAUACACGAGGGAGAUUGGCGACGACCCGGAGCAGCUCGACGUGGCGGUGCCCGAGUCCAUCGAGUACGCGCGCUGGGCGCACGGGAAGCCCGUGAAAGUGCUUAUCCACGGCUACACCGGCGACAAGGACUACUCGCCCAACACCGAGAUCCGACCAGCGUACCUCAAGUACGGCGACUACAACGUCAUCUCGGUGGACUGGUCUCCGCUGGCGCCGUCGCCGUGCUACGUGCAGGCCACCUACAACGUAGCCCUGGUGGGCAACUGCACGGCCCAGCUGAUCGACGAGAUGGUGCGCCUCGGCGUCGCGGCCUUCGAGGACAUCCACGUGGUGGGCUUCAGCCUGGGCGGCCAAGUGGCGGGCAACAUCGCCAACUACAUUCGCAGCGGCAAACUGACCAGGAUCACGGGCCUGGACCCCGCGCUUCCGCUGUUCACCACCAUCUCCACGUCGCCGCGCCUCGACGCGUCGGACGCCCAAUUCGUGGACGUGAUCCACACCAACGCGGGCUGGAAGGGCAAGCUGAUGCCGUCCGGACAGCUGGACUUCUACCUCAACAGCAUCAUCCAGCAGCCGGGCUGCAGCUGGGACUCGAGCUGCGACCACGCGCGAGCGCCGGCCUACUUCGCCGAGUCCAUCGCCUCGCCGCAGGGCUUCUGGGGCUUCAGCUGCUCGAGCAUCAUCUCCUUCUACACGGGGCUGUGCUCGCCGGAUGACGCCGCCGAGUUGGUCCUUAUGGGCGAGCACGCCAACUCCAGCUCGAGGGGCGUCUACUUCGCCUACACCAACCCGACGUUCCCCUUCGCCAAGGGUCACGACCUGGGCGAGGCGGUCGAGUCGCUGCACAACGCCACCAGCCAGGUGGGCGGCGCCCUGGGGGAGACGGCCUUCAACGCCACCGCCGGGGCGGCCGAGGCGGCGGGCGCGGGGGCCGCGGAGGCGGCGGCGCACAGACCCACCCUCCACAACGACAACUGACCCCCCGUCCUCGACGGUAUUGCAUCGCACCUAAUAAAGCCAUGACAACCACCAACCACA